UCUGACAGAUCACCCUCCCUGUUUCCACCAUCCAGGCGUCGGCUCAACAUUCCCCCAGCCGCACCCCGCCGGUCAAGCGAAACCAGAGUAUUCUUGUAGUCAAUGGUUACCCGAACGCAAAGAAGUGGAAACCCGGUCGAUACUAGGAAGCCAUGUUGUUAGGUCAGGUCAGGGCUUACUGUGGUGGAUCUACACGUCUAGCAGCCAGGCGCGGCGGUGCUGAAGCGAGCACGUCACACCGGCCCACACGUGGGGCACGACAUGCCAGCACGGUCGACAACUACUACAGUACCAGCUAGUCGUCGCUCUCUAUGACAGACACUACUAGAGCGCGCCUCUCUCUCUAUCAGUAAUAUGGGGCAGUCUUCAGGGAAAGCCAGCAACGUAGAGUACCGCGAGAAUGGUGACGUCACUUUACUGCCCACCAUGGCGACCACCCCGACCACCCCGAGCGAACCCGAAAGAUCGCCGCUGGAGUUACGGGAGGACACGUCGGUGUACACUCGGAGGUGGGUGAUGUUGCUCCUGUUUUGCAUGUACUCCAUGAGCAGCGCCUACCAGUGGAUCCACCUGAACAUCAUCGGCAACACGCUGAUGCUCUACUACAACGAGAGCCUCCCGGGAGACUCGUUCCAGCAGGAGACGGCCAUAGACUGGCUGUCCAUGAUCUACAUGCUGGCCUACAUCCCCCUCAUCGUCCCGGCCACCUGGCUGCUCGACAAGAAGGGCAUACGCAUCUGCAACAUCGUCGGGUCCUGCCUCAACUGUAUCGGGGCGUGGCUCAAGUGCGCGAGCGUCAGUCCGGACAGAUUCCCCCUGCUCAUGUUCGCGCAGACGAUAUGCGCCGUCGCUCAACUAUUCGUGCUAGGAAUUCCCGCCAGAUUGGCAGCGGUGUGGUUCGGACCUAACGAAGUGUCCACGGCGACGUCAUUCGGAGUGUUUGGCAAUCAAAUUGGUGUCGCUAUAGGCUUUCUAAUUCCCCCGGUCUUGGUGGCAAACUCUAUAGACUUGAAAAACAUCGGCUUCGACCUCACUAUUAUGUUUUACGGUGGAGCAGCGUUUACAACAAUAAUAUUUAUUGCAAUGAUUAUAGUAUUUCAGGCUGAACCGCCGUCACCUCCGAGUCUGGCCCGGAAGCUGGCCUCUCAGAGUCACCACAGUGAACAAUACCUACAGUCCUUGUUCAGACUACUCCAGAACUGUGGCUUCAUCUUACUCGUUAUCUCAUAUGGUAUUAAUACAGGAUGCUACUACGCCAUAUCGACUCUGCUGAACCCCAUUGUUUUGUUUUAUUUUGAGGGCGAGGGGGAAAACGCGGGUCGUAUUGGUCUCACUAUCAUUCUGAUGGGCGUUCUCGGCGCCAUAGUGGCGGGCAUCUGGCUUGACAGAACAAAGAUGUUUAAGGCGACGUCAGUGGGGAUCUAUCUCAUGUCGAUGGUGGGGAUGCUGGUGUUCACCUUUACGGUCAGUCUCGGUCACAUCUGGAUCGUCUUCGUCACGGCCGGUUCGCUCGGGUUAUUUAUGACUGGAUACCUACCCGUGGGUUUUGAAUUUGCCGCCGAAAUAACAUUUCCCGAGUCCGAGGGGACGUCAUCCGGGUUACUAAACGCGUCAGCUCAGUUUUUUGGAAUCGUCUUCACGAUCGGAAUGCGAGCGAUGAUUAAUAAGAUCAGCAUGCUCAGUGCCAACCUCACAGCCUCCGCUGUCCUGCUCGCCGGAACCAUUAUGACGGUGUUUAUCAAAGCUGAUUACAGACGCCAGGCCGCCGGGGAAGUGCAUCUUUAUCAGUUAAUUCAUUGAAGCUAAAAAUGAAGAACGCUCUGAAUCAAGAAAUCGAUGUGGCUAGCAGCAGCAAACAGACGUCGGAUACUGAGCUCCUGGAUUGAUGCUAACUAUACCUAGUGUCGCUGAACCUCUCACAAAGUAUUAGCAAUAUUUAAUGGUACAUGAGAAAACUUCGAAGAGAACACCCACAAAUUCUAUGACUUUAUGUUGGUAAUACAUUCCAAUUGAACACAAUGUAUCAAGCACCACCUACAAUUUGGUUUGGAAAACGUUCACACAUGCUUCAGAAUGUAUCAUUUCCAAGCCAGUAUCAAAACAUAACAAUUCCAGGUAUGUUUCUCCCCACUCCAUAUCUGAAAUUCUAGAUCCGGUCCUAUAUAUAACCAGAACAGGAGUUAUUAGUUACUAGAUACUAGAUACACCUUUUCAUGUACGACUUUUAGCCUGGUUUCAAUUAUAAAUUGGUCUAAUAGACAAGAAUGCAAAAAAUACCAUGUAUGGGGACUGCAAAUAUGAAUCUUAUGAUGUUUUAUAACAAUAACCAAGGGACAGUGUUUUUUAAGCAUUAUGUAGUAGUUGACCUUUUUUUUGAGAGGGUGAGGCACCAAAUGUGCAUGUGUGUUUUAAUACUGGAACUUUUGAAAAUAGUCAAUUAAAAUUACCACUCUCCACGUUUGGUUGGUACUGAAUGAUUCUCAACACGGUGAUAUUUUGGAGCUGGCACCAGUCUAUCUUCAAGAACUGAUGAUAGGAGAUAUUUAACAGUAGUAUGAAAAAUAAGUAUUACAUUUUAAAAGGCAUUUAUUUAUGAUUUUAUGAGAUUUCGCUUGAUGCAAUUGUUUUAUGUUAUUGUUAUUGUUGGUUUGUUUGUGUGUAUACAUAUGUAUGUGUACAUGUGUGUAUGAGUGUAAUGGCUUAAACGUUUUGCUCUGUUUGUAUUUUUCUGUAUAUAUCAGAAUCAUAAAUAUGAAUCUCAAUCAGUAUGAUGCUAAUUUAAUAAUGAAAGAUAUACUUACAGUGUAACACUACGAUUACACACACACCUUAAUAUACUGAUUUUGGUUUGUUUUAAUCAUAACAUAUUAAACAUUAUAUUUCAAAAUGUAACAUAAAAAGACAUUUGUACAUUAUAUACUGUAUAUAAAAUUGGUGCAAUACGUGCGUUUAUGAUUUAAUAUGUUUAACUGAAGGCCAUAGUAAGAAACUACUAAAUAAGUAGCUACAACAUAAAACAAUGCCAUGUCCCAAAACGAGACAUUGUGUGGCUUACAAGCUAUUCUGUGAAAUACAUACUUUUAUUUGAGGUCAGCGAGGGGGUAUUUCUGUCAUUUGAAUCAGUUCUGUCAUUUGAAUUAUUUCAUUGUUCUGGGUUUCUUUCCACACAAUACACGAAACUAAAUUGUAGUAUGUUUCAGUCAAACACUUCUUUAAGACAUUAAUAUAGUUCUCUGUGUUACACUUAUAUAAUCAUUAUAUUUAAUUAUUGUUGGUUGUAUUUAAUCUUAUUUAUUUUGAACUUUCUACAACAUAUUUAUCUUGUAAUUUGAUUUUUAACAAAUAUUUUCAAAUCUGUUUUCAUUAUUUUGUUAGGUUUUCUUUAAUGCGUUGUGAGUGAUACAAUUAUGUAUUUCAAACACAUGUACAUGCAUAAAGCCAUUCUUCGCAAAAACCUCUUUGGACAACGUAAGUUUACAAUUUAAUGUUAAUAGCUGUAAACAACCAGCUUAUAUAAGUAGAACCUCAUCUGACGGCCCGACAGGCUUAACCAACCAAAUGUUCUGUAGCCGUGUUAGGUAGUCGAAGCUGUGUGAUGUCAUAUUUUAAAUACAUGUCCUUUUUCUUUCUGCUGAUGAAUGACUGCGUAUUAAACUGUUAUUUAUCGAAUUGUUAAA